AUGUGUGAUGAUUCUGAAAAGAUUCGCCGAGAUAAUUUGAAGCUGACUGCAGAAAACAAAGCAUUAAAGCGGCAGAUUACCCUCCUUAAAGAAAACGAGGAGCUGCGUAAUAUGCUGUCUUCUAACUGUGCACCAUUGCUUGGACAGAAGCCAAACUGUUUCCCAAAUUUUAGUCAUUCCAACACAGCUGCAGCAUCACGAGGUUCCACAUUGUGCAGUUCACCAGAGCAGAGCAGCCCCAGUGAAUUGCAGGACCAUCACAACCGGCAGCCAAGUCCAACCCUGGAAAACCUGCUCACCCUUUCUUUGUCUGAUGAUUCGCACCUGAUGAACUUCAACACCUCACUAAGUGGAACACAGCCAACAAAAGUCUCCAGUUACUGUCGAUCCUCCGAGCUUUUUGAAGCCAGUACUCCUGAUUCAAGUAGCACACAAGAUGAAGAUGCCAACAAACAGCUUAUCGACUCAGAGGCUAAGCCCACAGCUAAGAAGAUCUGGUUUUCAGAAACAGCUGCAUCAGAUGAAUCUAAAAAGCUGUUCCUUGAGGAAGGGAACAAAACGCGAGUGUUCUAUGUGAAUGAGAUGGACUCCUUUUCAAAUAUGGAAAAGAACAGUCGUGUGAUUGGUGAGAUAGCAUUCCAACUUGAUCGGAGGAUCCUUGCACAUGUGUUCCCAGGAUUAACCAGGCUCUACGGAUACACAGUAUCCAACAUUCCAUCAAAAAUUAAACAGAAUUCCAUUAAUCCCAUGGAUGGAACAGUGGAUAAGCAGAAAUGGAGGGAAAUGACACAGUCUUAUACAGCCUUAUUAGCAAAACUCGAAAAACUCAACUACAACACUGACAUCCACACCGGCUUCAGUGAGUUCCUGGUCAACACCUAUGGAAUUCUCAAACAGCGUCCAAAUGCCUACACCAAUAUCACCUACAACCCCAUCAUCCUGCGUAAACUCGUCAUCGACAUGGUCCCUGCCAAGUUCCUCCGGGACACACUGGUUCUGCUGAACUGUCUAUGCGAGCUAUCCCGAAACGACAAGAAACCUCUGUUUCCAUGGUGA